AGCAUCAGUCCAGCUAGUCAGGGUCCAGUUAGUAGCUUGUAUAAUUUUGCUAAUCUCUAGCUUCAGCAGGAAUGCACACUUUUUUGUUAACACUAGCUUAAGUUGGAUUAAUUUCUAAAGGAAGAUAUUUCGAGCUAGGCAACUUGACUUCCAUUCAGGAAAUGGAGGGUUACCCUGCGGUCUACGACGAGCAGACCGAUUCUACAAAACAGCAAGAGAGACAUUACUACUUAUUGUCAGAACUACAAACCCUUGUUAAAGAUUUGCCCAGCUCCUUCCAGCAGCGCUUGUCCUACACCACACUGAGUGAUCUGGCUUUGGCACUCAUAGAUGGAACAGUGUAUGACAUAGUGCAAGGACUCCUGGAUAUACAACACCUGACGGAGAGGAAUCUGUACAAUCAGAGACAAAAGCUGCACUGUGAGCACCGAGCGUUAAAGCAGGAUUUGGUUCGUAAGCACAAAGAGGCCCUGCAGGCUUGUAAGUCCCACAACAUUGCAGUUAUGAAAACCAAUCAACAAGCAGAAACAGAGGCCCUGGAGAUUCGGGUGCGAGAGGAGCAGAGGAUGAUGGAUGAGAAAAUUGUGGUGGAGUUGGACCAGAAGGUGACAGACCAGCAGAACACCUUAGAGAUGGCUGGAGUCCCAGGAUUCUACAUAACUACCAAUCCCCAGGAGCUGACGAUGCAGAUAAACCUGCUGGAACUAAUCCUUAAACUUCAACAGAAAGAGUCCCAGUCAGGAGGCCUGUCUUGACUGAUCAACAUAAAAAGGCGAUAUUGCACUGGACUCACUCACUAUCAACAUGCUUAAGUUCAUGUCCUUAAAAUCUGUGUUCCCUUCAAUUCCAAUGGAUACCAAGUUCUGUUACUUUGAUUCUAUAUAGAAAUCAAUAGUUCUGGAUGACAAUGGGUUCCUAAAGAUACUUCAAGAAUUUGAAGACUCAUUGAAGGCUGAGGGUGGAUUUCCAAGCUCUCAUAGAUGAAAAAUUUAUUGAUCCAAUUGAACAUGUAUUUGCUGAUAUUGACGUAAAGAAUAAGUCACCCAUUUUUACAAGUGAUCUUAUUUUUACUCUUUCUGUAAUUUUGUUGAUCCCCAAAUUACAGUUCAAAUUUGCAAAUUCUGACUAAAAUGUCAUCACCAACUUAAUCUAGAACAUGGUCACAAAGUCAAUUUCUCUAUUAAUGUUUUUCAACAUUACAUUUACACUGAUUUUUGCCAAAGUAAAAUAUGUUCAUGAAAUAAUGAAGAUUUAUUUUGACUCUG